CGGGGUCCUUUGCAGGGGCGGGCGCGGGGGGAGCUAGUGGUAUUGCGGGAAUUUCGUCACAACUUGCCGGUACGCCCGGAGGGGCCGCAGCGUCUUCGUCCGCUGGAAUGAAUACAGGCGCAGGAGGACCGGGUGGAGCGACAUCAUCAACAUCGGGCAUUAACAAUGUCCUCACCGGUGGUUCUUUUGCCGGCGCGUCGUCUGGGGCUGGACCAGGAACCACCAAUCCCAAUUUUCCCCCCUCAACAUCGUCCACAUUAGGGCGAACGCGGCUAGCGCGGCCUAGUUUCUUUCUCGAGGACAGCAUGCUGCGCAUGUGGAAUCCUGAACGGUGGAAAUCCGCCUCGGAAAGCGACAGCGGGUACGAGGCGGGCUACGAAACCGACGCGGACGAGUCGGACGCGUUGUCGGAAUGGGAAAGCUCCGCGUUCAAAAAGCACUUCCAGCAACAGGGAGCGGGUAGUGGUCAUUUGCCCACGAACUACAACGUCGGCCCCGUGGACACGAAGACCAGCCGGAAGCGGAAGAUCGACGCCUUGGUGAACUUGACCAUGCGGAUGAGUCUGGUCGGGGGCGCCGAGGGCGAAGAGAUGGAGGAGGACGAGGAGGGUUUUUUUUCGAGCAACAUGGGCCGCGGCAAGGGAUCUUCGAACAACCUCCAAGAUGGACCACAUGGCGCAGGAGCCGUGGCGGGGGAAAGUCUUCUGCACAAAAGCACCAGCGGAGGAGGUGGACACAAUACUGCGGGAUCAUCUACUACUUCUUCCGGCGGGUUGGUAGAUCACCACAAUGUAGUUGAUCAUUCCCACGGUUGUAUGGUGGACCACUACGAGGGAUCUAGUACUUCCCAAGGUGGCAACUACCUGCAAGCGGAUCACGAUGCACGGCCCCGGAAGUAUUUGAGGUCCGAUCAGUACGCGUUCAUGGAAAUCGCACCGAUUCGCGAGGAAGAGGAUGAGAGCAUGCAGCAGAAGACGACUGUCUCUGUUGCGGAACCACAAUUAAUAGGACAACAACCACCUGCAGUUCUUGAUAACGGAGGUCAAGGAACUUCUGCUUCUGGUGGCACACCUGCAGAGCAGGCACAUGAAGUUGUAGAGGACACUGCUUCUGCAAUGGAGAUUGUGCCAGCGGAAGAUGAUGAAAAUAAUACGCCGUCAGAAAUGUUGUUGACUAGUACAACGCAAGGAACCACUUUGGGUGGGCAAGGAACCACUUUGGGUGCGGUGCCUGUCGUAAUGUUACCACCGACAACGGUGGGCGAUGCGGGAACUGCUGGUGAACAAUAUCACUGAGAAUCAGUAGUAAGUACUUAAUAUGAGUCUGCUGGACGAAGUUGUCUCUUGCACCAAGAUGAACACGUCCACGAAGACGAUAUGUCUCGCUGGCUGCUAGGCACCUUACAACCCAAACCAAUCUCCCUUUUGGGUUACGAGUACGACCUGAUACAAAAGGAAAACGAAAAAGGGGCGCUGCCACCUGUGACGCCCUGU